AUGCAUUGUGCAGUGAUCAAGGACUACUGCUUCGAAGGCAAUGUGAACAAUGGGUUUGUCGUACAGAAGAACCCGAUACGAGAUUGGUAUCAUGCGUCUUGGAUGCACUGGAGCGACAAUGGUCGAGAGCCGGUGAAUGGUCUCACGUUCGAAAGACCAGUCCCACCAUUCGAGCUUUCGAAAACUCAAGGUCGAUAUCUUCAAAGCUGGGCUUGCGGUAUUAUAAUGCUAUUGGUACGUGCUACAACAUUUGGAAAGAUUUGGGCAAAUCCAAACGACCCGAAAUGGCAGGACGUGAAGUUUCCUCUGGGAACAUGCGUUUUCAAGGUCCUGAUGACAGAUGCGACGGACUCAGAAAUCCCCUGCAUGAAAGGAUCUCCAGCCAUGCAAGCUGUUAUUGCUAAGCAACCAUUGUCACCAGACGGCAUGCCCAAUGGCAUGGAGCGCAAUGCGGAAGCAUCAGAAGUGCGUCUUCUCCAAGUCGACUUUGCGGUUCGUGACGACAGAGCACCAAUCGGAUGGGUUUUUGGGACUUUCAUGUAUGAUGGAAGUCAGAAGCAAAAAACUGGUUGGGAUCGUAUGAUACCGGUUGGGAUCACUUGGGGAAAUGAUCCGGAGUUGACACAGGAGAUGGCAAAAGCUGGCAUAAAGCCACAGGAAGCGUGGAUCAAUCUUGAAGUAAACAGCGUUCGAAGUUCACUCGGGGGAACAAGACCAAGCUGGGGAUGGAAUGGCAGAUUGAAUGGACCAGUUGAUAACUACAUAUCUGCUUGCGCCUCUUGCCACGCAGUUUCCGAGAAGAACACACACCCUAGUAUGGUGCCUCCAGCAGGUGCAAACGAUAAACAGAAAAUGAAAUGGUUCCGAAAUAUCCCAGCGGGUGCACCUUUCACUCCUGGUGAUGUGUCUGGCGACUAUUGGCUUCAAUUAAUGAUGGGAUAUAGCAAUUACGCUAUUUGGAACAAUGCACAGAAGGGCAUGUGGUAUAGAACUAAGCUUGCUAUCCCAUUUUCAAAGACGAGAAAAGAGGCGGGGAGCCUUGAGGCUAAGAGAGCUCCAUUGCGUACAGGGAUUAGAAACAACAAAUAAUAAACAUUUAAGUUUGAUGAUAC